CAUGGUGACGAGGCUGUUCCGUGGAGGCUGUGAUGGGUUGACAGGUGCGUGACAGUCGGAGCUCUCUGCAGGCAUGUAUGGCAAAGGCAAGAGCAACAGCAGCGUCCCGUCCGACAGCCAGGCUAGGGAGAAAUUAGCACUGUACGUAUAUGAAUAUCUGCUCCAUGUAGGAGCACAGAAAUCAGCCCAGACAUUUUUAUCAGAGAUAAGAUGGGAAAAAAACAUCACACUAGGGGAGCCCCCGGGAUUCUUGCACUCCUGGUGGUGUGUAUUUUGGGAUCUCUACUGUGCAGCUCCAGAAAGACGAGAAACAUGUGAACAUUCAAGUGAAGCAAAAGCCUUUCAUGACUACAGUGCUGCAGCAGCUCCCAGUCCAGUGCUAGGAAACAUUCCCUCAGGAGAUGGCAUGCCAGUAGGUCCUGUACCACCGGGUAUUUUUCAGCCUUUCAUGUCCCCUCGAUACCCUGGAGGUCCAAGGCCACCUUUAAGAAUACCCAGUCAGGCACUAGGAGGUGUCCCAGGAAGUCAGCCAUUAUUGCCUAGUGGGAUGGACCCAACAAGGCAGCAAGGGCAUCCAAACAUGGGUGGGCCAAUGCAGAGAAUGACUCCUCCAAGAGGAAUGGUUCCUUUAGGACCCCAGAACUAUGGAGGUGCAAUGAGACCCCCACUGAAUGCUUUAGGUGGCCCAGGGAUGCCUGGAAUGAACAUAGGUCCAGGCUGUGGUAGACCUUGGCCAAACCCAGCCAGUGCCAAUUCUAAUGAAUCACAGAAUGGUAGAAGGGACCUCUGGAGAUCAUCUUGUCCAACCCCACUGCUUGAGCAGGUACACCAAGAGCAGGGGGCACAGGAACACGUCCAGAUACCUUAUUCUUCAGCAUCUCCUGGGAACUAUGUAGGUCCUCCAGGAGGUGGAGGGCCACCAGGAACACCUAUCAUGCCUAGUCCAGCAGAUUCAACCAACUCUGGAGACAACAUGUACACUUUAAUGAAUGCAGUACCACCUGGACCCAACAGACCUAAUUUUCCAAUGGGGCCAGGGUCAGAUGGACCUAUGAGUGGACUGGGUGGAAUGGAUUCACAUCAUAUGAAUGGCUCAUUAGGCUCAGGAGACAUGGACAGUAUUUCCAAAAACUCUCCCAGUAAUAUGAGCAUGAGUAAUCAGCCUGGCACUCCCAGGGAUGACGGUGAGAUGGGUGGAAAUUUCCUGAACCCUUUUCAGAGUGAGAGCUACUCCCCUAGCAUGACAAUGAGCGUGUGAUCUGCUACCAAGUCACCUCAUGAAGACCACAGUGAGUUGGCUCUCUCCAAAGAGCUACUACAGAAGAAAAUUAUUUGUCCCAGUGCAUAGUUUAACAAAAGGAUCUCAGACACAAUCAGAACCACCAUUUUUUUCUACCAUCUCCCCAGUUUUGUCAAGAAAUUGGGUCCCAAACAUGAUUGAGACAACAGUAGAGUGGCAUAACAGAAUUGCCCAAGAUGGAACAUUUAUCUAUGUAAAUAUAUGGGUUAAUGUAUUUGUAUAUAUGUGUGUGAGAGAUACAGAAAUGCACACAUACAUAUAUAAACCUGCAAGACAUUGUAAAAUAUUGUCACAUGACAUCUUAAGUAGAAAUGAGGAGUAGGGACUUUUAUUCCAUCUUUUUUUUUAUUACUACAUUUUAGUUAUUAAAGUUUGCUUUCCUUCUUCCCUCCUGAACUGUUUUAUGUUGCAUAUAUCACUGCUUUAUAAGUUAUUUUUAAGGUGAACUCAAAUGAUAAAUUCUUCUGAUUUUGUAAAUGUCUGCCAUAGGAAUAAAAUUGCUUAUAAGAGC